GUCCGACAACGUCCAGCGAGGCGGUCUGAGUUUUUGACCGGGGAAAGUGUGGAACAAACAAACAGGGGCUCUUUGUUGCCGAAUAGUGACUCGGAUAGUCAGCCAUCACACUCACAAAUAAUGUCGGACACUGAAGAAAUUAAGUGUUUCAUCAACGAGGCGCUUAAACAACAAACUUCUGACAUAAUAGGCGGACUAAAGAACGAUAUUGCUGAGCUGAGAGGAUCAUACGAUAAUCUUCGGGAGUAGCUGAAUUACAACUCAGCUGAUAUUCAAGACAACAAGGCCGAGGUAAACAAGCUGAAGUCGGACAUGGCUGAGAUGAAGUGUCACUUUGAAAACAAGCUCCUGGAACAAGAACUGUACCAUCGCUUCCUCCACGCAAUUCAGCACAAUCAGAUUCACAUCGGAGACCUGUCCAUGUGAGGAGAAUCCCUAUAGCUUCUAAGCCUGCUCAAGGAUCAUCGUCUCAUUCCACACACCAAGCAGCCACCUUCAAGCAUGGACGCAUCUCCCGACAUCUUCCAUCGAAGCUGUAUACAGAAUCCACUCUGUGACUGCAGCAAGUUAGCAUCUCACAGCUUCAGUGUUGUCAGCUACAACAUCCUUGCGGAGUGUCACAGGAGGCUGGGCGACUACCAUCAGUACACAGAGAAGAGAUUCCUCACGCAGGAGUUCCGCCAUCAGCUGCUGCAGCAGGAGCUCCUCUACCUGGACGCUGAUGUCAUCUGCUUACAAGAAGUCAACCCCAGCUACUACAAUACCCAUCUACAUCCAGCUCUGUUGAAGCAUGGAUACGAAGGUGUCUUUAUCAAGAGGACCCAGGACUUCUUUGAUGAAGGGGAGGCUACAUUUUUCAGAAGUGAUAGAUUUUCACUUGAAUGCCACAAAGGAAUCCCCUGACGGCGAGUUUGAUAAAGAAGGCGAAAGGCAUGGAACAGGACACGCUUCUGUGGAACGCCGUUGAGAAAUACCUGGACCGGUCCGAUGUGGUCAGCAUCUGCACGCUUCGCUGCAACCACACCGGCAACAGACUGACUGUAGGCAAUGUACAUGUCACAUGGGAUGAUCUGAGGUGCCAAGAUGUCCAGGCGUUACAGAUAACCUCUGCCGUGAAGCAUGUCAUCUUGCAGGCAGGAGGAGAUGAGUUCCCUCACGUUAUCUGCGGAGAUUUCAACUCCUUUCCAACAAGUGCUGGCUAUCAGUUGAUGUGUGAUGGCUCCCUGUCAGACUCCAGCAAAGCAUUUUUGACAUCAGUUCUAAACAUCAAAAGUUCUACAGGACCUAGGUCAUUGAUCAAUUAUCUCCUGGAAGAAUUCAAACACACAUCAUCGAACAUAUCAAGUGCCUACAAAACCUGUCUGGGUCAUGAGCCUGAGAUCACAUGUCGUGACUACAGCUUCAUCGGUUGCUUGGACUACAUCUUCUACGGCAGGGAGGGACUUGGUGUGGCAGACGUCCUUGGGAUAGUAGACAAAUCAGUUAUUGACAACAACGGUGGGCUUCCGAACAAGGACUUUCCAUCGGAUCACUUGUCACUGAAGUCAACACUCUACUUUAAAUAGAUCUAGUGGGAACAAGUCAAGUGUUGGUCGAAGAAUACUCAUCUUUACCAUACAUCUCCAUGUUUCCUGUUAUAAUACAGGACAAUACACCCAGGAAUGGUUUAGUACUGGUGAACAAUUGUACUUGCUAUGUGGCAGUGAUGUUUCACAUUGCAUUAGAAUUCUCCAAGCUUACUUAGAGACAGUAUUCUUGG